GUAAACACGAGCCACGGACAGAGCCAUAUUUGAGAACAUGAACUUCGCUUGUCUGUCUUAAGAUAUCAAAAAGAAAAAAAGAAAAACACUAGAAAUGACAGAGAUUUCUCAGCUCCGCCUUCUGUCUGUCUGAUCCAAUUCUCUCCCUCGGGCAGCUUAGGGUUUCUCAGCUCUGAUUUUUCUGAAAGAUCAUCCAGAGAUUUCUCUUCCAAAUCCGCUGUUUGUUUUAUGUUUUUGUUUUGAAAUCUUGUACAACAUUUUAGUUGAUUCAUUGAUGGUUUUUUUGGUUUUAGAUUCUGGGUUGGAUUAGUUAGGGACUGCUCUUUAAUAGUAGGUGAUAGGAUUUGGAUUUUCAAUCUCCAGUUUGAAUGAUUUCUCUUGGAGAUUGAAAAUCGCAUUUUCGUCCUCUUAGUUGUAUACGAUCUUCUCUGCGAGUUCUAGUUCCUGGAUUUGAUGAACGAGAUUGGGUUUGAUUGGGAAUAAGGGACUCAACGCUUGUACUAGUUCUGUUGUAAUCGUGCUGAAAGAAAGAUAUAUUAUGGCGACGGCAUCGUUGAAUUUGAUCGAAAGUGCUCAUCAGAUGUAUCGGGAUGGACGGCAUGAAGAGGCAUUAGCGUUUUAUACUGAAGCGCUUGCGAUGGUGAAGACGAAAGCGCUGAAAAUUGCUCUGCACAGUAAUCGAGCUGCUUGCUACCUGAAAUUGCAUGAUUUCAAGAAGGCAGCAGAAGAAUGUACUUCAGUGCUUGAACUGGAUCACAAGCACACAGGAGCCUUGAUGCUGAGGGCUCAGACACUUGUCACUCUCAGGGAGUACCACUCUGCACUCUUUGAUGUCAACAGGCUUAUAGAUCUAAAUCCUUCAUCAGAAGUCUAUCAGAAUUUGCAAGCUCGUUUGAAGACACAACUGUCACUGGCUCCCAUACCUGAAUCUGAAGAAGAAUCAUUGGUAGCUGAGGUGGAAGAAGAAGAAGAAGAAGAAGAAGAAGAAAAAGAAGAAGAAGAACAACAACAACAACAAGGGAAAGAAGAUGAAAUGGAAAAAGAAAAGCCAGUGGUUGAAGCUGCUGGCCAGGAUGAGAAACUUGAGUCCACAAGGACUACUAGUUCUGCAGUUGAUAAAGCUCAAAUACAAAGCCACCAGAAGUCUAGUGAUACAAAUUCCAAAGGAUGGGAAGCAAUCCCAAAACCAAAGGGGCACUCAAACCUGGAUUAUUCACGGUGGGACAGAGUUGAAGAUGAUUCAAGUGAAGAGGAAGAAGAUGAAGAUGAGGACUCUCAGCCUCAGUAUCGAUUCCGUGUGAGAACUAUCGGUGUACGCUCAGUGAAAUAAGGCUAAUUCAUGUUAUGAUGAAUUCAUGGCUAUGAUCACCAUAAUCAUCCAUGGAGAAGUGCAAGUACUUGGAUACUCUUUUGUAACUUAUAUCUACCAGAAGUUUGGAUCCAUGACAUUACAUUAUUCAUAUUGUGGAAGCUGACCCUAGGAAGGCCUUGAACUUCUUUAAGAGUGGUAUACGUAGAUAUGGAAGACAUGCUCAUUAUUCUCCACCACUGCCACCAUCUAUAGAAGAAUCAGGUCAGUGCGUUGUAUAUGUCAAUUGUGUACUGCUUAGGAAGGUCAAUGCAGUGGAUUCACGAUACAUUCAGUUUGCUUGUGACAUAAUUAUUUGAUGUGCAGGAUUUUGGCAUUUGGAAUCCUAAGCGAAUUAUGAAUCACUUAGAGGAUUUUAAAAGGUUUCAGUCCUGCUUGGAGUGUGGAAAAUGGUCAAUCUGUAGUUAUAUUCAAGGUAAACCAUUGGCUGAAGAACUUGGUAACUUGACAUGUUAACAUGUACCUGCCUUUGAUCUUAUGGAAAUUAGGUAUCUUCUAUUUCAGGUGGGUUUACAUUCUUGGCUCUGUAAAAUGAUUGCAAUAUCCAUAAACUUGCUGUAUGGGGGAUUCAAUAUAGGGAUUGUAAAAAAAAAGUGUCUAGAAGAAGGGAUUAUAUGUAAAAUUAUGAUAAGAAGUUGAUUCUUUAUUAGUAAAACCACUAUACUGGAUGGCAUCUUGUUUUUUUCUUUUUUUAA